AUGGUGCAUGAGGCCUCACAGCUGCACUGGGUCCCAUCACAGAAGGUGUGCAUCAACAAGGGCAUCAGGCCAUGGCAAGGUAGGAAGAAGGGAGUGAAGGUGUACAUACUCAGUAAGCCUCACCCAAACAGCAUCAAGAUCUACAUCCUUGCUGAUGACAGCAACUACGUCUACAACUUCUGGAUCUACCUUGCCAAGGCAGUGAUGGACCAGGGCAAGCACCACUUCCUCUUCAGCUGCAAGGCCAACUACCUGUUCAAGCAGCACACAUUGCCUCAUGUCAAGGUCAAGGGUGACUCAGCCUGGACAUCAAGCAAGAAGCGCCUGCUCAUGUACUCCUACGUCAACAAGAAGCCACUCAACAUGAUCACCAACUACUACAAGAGACCACUGGCCACCAGAGAAUUCAAAGAUGGCAGAGCCAUACCCAACAUCAUCGCCAGCUACCGCAGCACCCUCAGCUACAUCGACCAGGCAAACCCAUACCACCUGUGCUAUCACUUUUGCCACUGCAUCUUCAAGCACACACAAGCACAGUUCCACACCACAUUCAUGAUCAGUGUCGUCAACUCCUGGCUCCUCUACACACAUGUCAACAAGGACAAAAAGGGUGUCAUGUUGGUGGACAUCAUCAUAUCACAAGCGCAAGCGCCAGGCUGCCAAUUCUCCCUUUGA